UUCCUUGUAGAAGGGCACGACAAGGCUGAAACAACAAGGGUGCAGGCAGCACUUUAUCCUCCAAAUAUGUUGUCGAGGAUCAUCUUUUUAGCAGGGGGUGCACUGAAAGGCAGCGGUCCACUUGGAGCUGGCCUGGUCCAUGCAUCCCGCUCCCUGCACACAUCAUCCCAGAGUCUGGCCCCACUACCUCCUCUGCCAGAGACGGGAGGCAAAGUUCGCCAUGGCUUUAUCCCAGAAGAGUUUUUCCACUUUCUUUAUCCAAAAACUGGAGUCACAGGACCCUAUAUGCUGGGCACUGGCCUCAUCACAUACCUGCUUUCCAAGGAAAUCUAUGUCAUCAACCAUGAGACAAUAUAUGCUGCUACCUUCAUCGGUAUUAUUGUCUAUGCUGUCAAGAAGUACGGUUCAAGCUUUGCAAAUUAUGCGGACAAACUAAUUGAGGAGCAACUGGCCACAGCUCAGGAUGUGAAGGACCGCACCAUGGCCAAUCUUACUGAGUCCAUCGAGCAUGAGAAGAACGAACAGUGGAGAGUGGAAGGAAGAUCAAUGCUCUUUGAUGCUAAGAGGAACAAUGUGGCCACGGUUUUGGAGACCAACUACAGGGAGAGGCUACACCUGGUUACCAGUGAGGUGAAGAAGCGCUUAGAUUACCAGAUCGCCCUGCAGAACCUCACCCGGCGUUUGGAACAGGAGCACAUGGUCAACUGGGUGGAGAAGGGUGUCAUCAGCAGCAUCACGCCUCAGCAGGAGAAGGAGAGCAUCACUAAAUGCAUUGCAGACCUGAAGGCUCUGGCCAGGACCAGUCAGGCCAGAGCAACAGUUUGAACUGUCAUGUCUUCAGUGCAGACCACGCUUAUGUUCAGCUAAACUGUUCUGAGACAGGACGCCUACCUUCAUUACACAAUAAAUUGUUUCCACCUGUAGAUUGUCAAUGUUAUGGGUGUGUACAGUAUUUACAUGUCAGCCAGUGGUAAAAUAAAUACUUCUCAUUCA